AUGAAACUAGAACGGAGCAGUUCCACUCAAGAGCUCGGUACCACGUGCACCCCCGCCCGUGCUCUCUCCGACGAUGAAAAGCUUCAUUUUUACGCUGGGUUUAAUGGUCUGGAGCGCUUCAAAAGGUUUUGCAGCUUUGUUGAGGCAGGCUAUGAAGACUACAAGAACGCUUGCACCGAGAGUCCAUCAAACAGAGGUAGGAGUCGGGUGUUUUCUGUGGAGGAGCAGCUUAUCAUUGUUCUCAUCACACUCAGGGUGGGACUACUGGAACGGGACCUGGCAUUUAGAUAUGAUGUCAAUUUAGGGUACGUGAGUGAACUGUGCUCAUUUUGGACUGAAUUCUUGAGCAACUACUUGGAACAGACACCGAUAUGGCCUUCCAGAGAGACCGUGAAUGACUUUAUGCCGGAAGUAUUCAAGGAAUCAUACCCAACAACUAGAAUCAUCUUGGACUGCACAGAACUGUUCAUUGAGACCCCGAGUAACCUGCGGGUUCAAAGUGAUACUUACUCGUCAUAUAAGUCGCAUAACACAGCAAAAGGUCUCAUCGGUAUUGCUCCAAAUGGGUUUGUUACAUUUGUAAGUGACUUGGCACCUGGGAGGAUCUCAGUAAGCCUCUGGUUAAACAGAGUGGACUGUAUCAAUUACUUGAACCAGGCGACAGUGUUAUGGCAGACCGGGGAUUUCUUAUUGUUGACGACCUUGCUGCACUGA